GCGGCGGGGCGGAGCCGCUGUGCGGAGGGAGGUGGUGCGCCGUGACGGGAAGGGCGGCGCGUGGCCAAGGCGCCUGCUUCUUCCGUCGCGUCUCGGCGGUUGGGGCCGGGCCGGGCGAGCUGGGGCCGGGGCGGCGGCGGUGGGAUGAUGAUGGCGUACUUCGUGGAGAGCUUCUGGGGGGAAAGGAACAAUGGCUUUGACGUUCUCUAUCAUAACAUGAAGCACGGACAUUUGUCAACAAAAGAAUUAGCCGACUUUAUUAGAGAAAGGGCUACAAUAGAGGAAGCGUAUUCAAGAUCAAUGACAAAACUUGCCAAAUCAGCAAGCAAUUACACACAACUUGGGACAUUUGCACCAGUUUGGGAUGUUUUUAAAACCUCAACAGAAAAACUAGCAAGCUGCCACUUGGAUCUUGUGCGGAGAUUACAAGAGCUAAUAAAAGAAGUUCACAAGUAUGGAGAUGAACAAAUUAAAGCUUAUAAAAAGACUAAAGAAGAAGUUUCAGGAACAUUGGAAGCAGUGCAAAACAUUCAAAGUAUCACUCAGGCAUUACAGAAGUCAAAGGAAAACUACAAUGCAAAAUGUCUUGAACAAGAGCGUUUGAAAAAGGAAGGAGCAACACCAAGAGAAAUUGAUAAGGCAACAGUUAAAUCGAAGAAAGCUACAGAUACCUACAAACUGUAUGUGGAGAAAUAUGCUGCAGUUAAAUCUGAUUUUGAACAGAAAAUGACAGAAACUGCACAAAAGUUUCAAGACAUUGAAGAAACACAUCUUCUUCAUAUGAAAGAGAUCAUAGAAUCAUUGUCAAAUACCAUAAAGGAUAUUCAUUUACAAAUAGGAGAGGUACACGAAGAGUUUAUUAAUAACAUGACAAAUACUACAGUUGAGAGUUUAAUACAAAAAUUUGCUGAGUCAAAAGGAACUGGCAAGGAAAGACCAGGUCCUAUUGAAUUUGAGGAAUGUAAUACAUCCAGUGCAGUUGAAGGGAUAAAACCAAGGAAGAGGAAGCCGUUUGGUUUAUCAGGAAUAAUGAAAAAAGAAAAAGAUACUGAAUCUGUAGAGUGUCCGGAUGCAGACUCAGUUAACAUUCCUGAUGUAGAUGAUGAAGGAUACAGCAUUAAACCAGAAACAACGCAGGAUAUCAAAGAGAACCAUUUCUAUUCAUCCAGUGAUUCUGACUCUGAAGAUGAUGAACCCAGGAGGUUCCACAUAGAAAUAAAACCCGUACAGCCAAAUAACAGCUCUCAGUACACUAUGCCUUCUUUGGAUGAAUUAAAAGUAUCUAUAGGGAACAUUGCUCUUUCUCCAGCAAUAUCCAGACACAGUCCUGCACAAAUGAAUCGAAAUUCAUCCAGUGAGGAGUUAACAAAAUCGAAGCUUUCAGCUCCAACAAAUGAAAAGGGGAACAGUGACCUUCUGGCAUGGGAUCCACUCUUUAGCAGUUCUCUUGAAUCUUCCUCUUCAGCCUCUUUGGCAUCCUCAUCCUCAUCAGCAAGACCCACAACUCCUCUUACUGUAGGCACCAUUGUACCCCCUCCAAGGCCUGCUUCAAGAACAAAAUUGUCUACAGGGAAACUUAGUGGAAUUAAUGAAAUACCUAGGCCAUUCAGCCCUCCACUGACCUCUAAUUCAAGUCCACCACCUGCAGCUCCCUUGGCACGUGCAGAGAGCAUCUCUUCAAUAUCCUCUUCUGCUUCCCUUAGUGCAGCAAAUACACCUACAGUUGGUGUUUCACGUGGUCCCAGCCCUGUCAGCCUUGGAAACCAGGACACCUUGCCUGUUGCAGUAGCCCUUACUGAAUCUGUUAACGCCUACUUUAAAGGAGCAGAUCCCACAAAAUGUAUUGUGAAGAUCACUGGUGAUAUGACAGUAUCAUUCCCAAGUGGGAUUAUUAAAGUCUUCACCAGCAACCCAUCUCCAGCUGUGCUCUGCUUCAGGGUAAAAAACACAAGCAAACUAGAGCAGAUUCUUCCAAAUGCACAACUUGUAUACAGUGAUCAGUCGCAAAGUGACUCCAGUACUAGGGAUUUUUGGAUGAACAUGCAAGCUAUAACUGUCUACCUCAAGAAAUUAUCAGAGCAGAAUCCAUCUGCAUCCUAUUAUAAUGUGGAUGUUUUAAAGUAUCAGGUAUCUUCAAAUGGCAUCCAGUCCACUCCCUUGAAUCUUGCAACUUACUGGAAAUGUAAUGCUAACACUACUGAUGUGAGAGUGGAUUAUAAGUACAAUCCAGAGUCUAUGAAUGUGCCUAGUAUGCUGUCUAAUGUACAGGUUGUGGUACCAGUAGAUGGAGGAGUAACAAACAUGCAAUCACUUCCGCCUGCAAAAUGGAAUGCAGACCAGAUGAAAGCUUAUUGGAAAAUAUCUAGCAUUUCAGAGAAAUCUGAGAAUGGAGGUUCUGGAUCCCUCAGGGCAAAAUUUGAACUUUCAGAAGGACCCAGUAAACCAGCAACACUUGCAGUGCAAUUCAUCAGUGAAGGAAGCACUCUUUCAGGAGUAGAUAUAGAGCUAGUAGGCACUGGCUAUCGACUUUCCCUCCUUAAGAAGAGAUUUGCCACUGGACGGUAUAUGGCAGACUGCUGAUGAACCUGUGAAAGUCAUUGCAUUAAAGGAAUACAAGAAGCCCACUCUGCCCCCUCUCCUUUUCAAACACUAUUUUCACAUGCAUUAAUUUUUUUUAAAACAUUGACCUACUCUGAGGCCGAACUACAGAACAGAAAAUGCACUUUCAAAAGUCAUUUUGCAGAGUUUGUAUUACUUUAUAAUAGCACUGAAGUUAACUUCAACACUGUCUGUAAAUGAUCAACUGCAAUAUUGGGGAAACUUUGUUAAAAUUUUAGUAAAUCUAUAUAGAAGUCAAAAUAGCAAUCAAUAGUUGUAAUGAAAGUAUGAAAUUGUAUGUUAUACUGUAAACAUUAAACCUAAAAAUGUAGGAGAGCAAGUAAGAAUAUUUGAGCUUUCCAUAGUACUCAUUUUUCAGUCUCCUUAAUUGCCAGUUUUUAAAGAAAACAGGGGCAAACUUAUAUGUAGUUCCUCCAUACACUUGUGCCAUAAAACUAUUCGAGUUAGAGUUGUACAAAAAAUGUAACUUGAUGCCCAUGUAUCAUAUAUUAUUAACACGUAUGUUGUUUUAUAUAGUGUUCUUUCUCCUAAGUGCAAUGUGCUACAAAAUUGCAAAAGACAGAAAAGAUUUACUUCUGCAGUUAGUGAAUUUUAUGGGCGUUGUGAUUGUUUGAAUUAAUGCUGUAGAUUUAAUUUAUUUUUAUAUGAAUUUCAUAACAUUUGUGCCUUUAAAAAAGCCUGUGCCUAUCCAAUUUGUUAUUCAUGUGCCUCACUUCCUCUUUCAAAGUUUGGCCAUUCAUAAAGAAAGUGUGGUGUUUGUGUAAUACAACUUCAUAAAAACUCUUUUGAUGGGGAUUUAAAAGGGAGAUCUGCAGAAGCUGGAAGUUGUUUUAGAGAAGAUUUAAAAUAGUGGAUUACUCCCUCAUGGGGUAAUUGCAAUAAAUGCAUCCAUAGUAAAGGGAGAUGCAUCCUGCAGGACGUUGAAAUUUUGAAAUCCUAACUGUAAUGUCACCAAAGAUGAGAAUCUCGAAAGAUGGCAACAAGCGCUUUUAAAGGAAACAAGCAUUUCCCUUUACAUUGACUGCAUUAAGUGCUUUUGGAAUUGUGUGAUGUGAAUGUAAACAGUACUUUGGGAGGAAUAUCAUUUAAGAUGGGGAUAUUAUGGCAGCAAGAUGACUAUACUGCCAUUUUUAUUAGUUUUACUUUUUUCUGUAACUAGCAGUUUUAAUAUUUCUCAUCUACUCUUCUUGCCGCAGCCUAAGCACAGAAAAGUGACAUAUUAGUAACAUUUUUUAAAGCAAGUUACUAGUUUAGAGAAUCUUUUAUGUAUUUGUAUUAUCAAAUGAUUUUUUCAAUACAGGAAUCAAAAUUAUUGGGGCAAAGUAAUUUAAUAACCUGCAAGUGGGAAUUUUAUAUGACCAUUCUGAAUACCGAUAUCUACUUCAAAUUCUCUGUUAAGACAAUAAAACUUGCUUGAACUAAUUCAUGCAAACCAGUAGUGAAUUGGACUGCUGAAGGUUUACAAUAAACUAAGCUUUAGAGAGGCUACAUAAAAUCUAAUGUAUGCUAUACACUUGGCAGAUGAGAUUUCCGUUAUUUGCUCUAAGCAGAUAUUGUACUUUACACCUGAUUGGAAAAGUAUAUCUGGCUUUUAAUUUGGUGAUCUUACUGAACAAGGAAUUUCUAACUGAUACAAAAUGGUACAGUCUUUUUACUGGAAUCUUAAUUGUAAUCUGCUUUGCAAUCAAACUGUGUUUAACAUAACAGCGUUUCAUUAAUGAAAACCCAAAACUGUAUAUCUGUUCUUAAUGAACUAUUACUUUCAUUUCUAAGUUGAAUGAAGUAGUUACUUUUCGGCACUUUCAAACUAUUCUUCAUUCGGGUGAUUAUACAUACAUUUGCAUUGGGUGCAGGUUACAAUUUUGAAGCCAUACAGGUUUAUAUAGACUUUUUGUAAAGAAAUUCAAAAGCAAUGUAAAAAGUACAUGUAGCAAUCUGAUGGGGAAAAGAAAAAAAAACAUGUAGCAAGCUGGUUCUUGCUUGUGUAUACAGCAAUAUCCUUUGUAGCUGCCUCUGAAAAAAAUUAAUUUGUAAACACAACUCUAAAGGAUCUGAGUUUUUAUGGAUUAUUACUACGUCAGACUGUAAAUUAGAGCACACAAGUUUAUCUUACAAAAAUUGUAAAUACUUCUGAUUUUUCAUAAAAUGUAAAUUUAAAAUAUGUUGCACCCGUAAUAAACAUGUAAUAUAUAAUUUAAAUACUGAUUUAUAUUGCUUAUGCUUUUGUAAUCAAUCCCACUGGGUUUCCAAGCAAUACAAAAAUAUGACGAAACUAUGUACUGAAUGUUUGUGAAGUGUGAAUCAAUUUGUAAGUAAUACGUAGUACAGAUAAUAUAUGAACUGUUUUAUAUACCUAAAAAACAACACAACAAAGGUGGGUGGAAAGACAACUUCUGUAAAGAGUUGACAUCUUUACUGUGCUUGGGAAAAAGUUUAAAAUGUCUUGUGCCUUUACUAAGUGGAUAUAUGUAACCAAUAAUUAGGAUUAGGCAAAGCUGCAGAGACGUUUGUCAGAAAAGUAUUGACUUUGUAGACAUGAGCUAACUUGUAGCUGCUUUCUCUUAAUAGAACUACCAAAUGCUGUACAUUCCCUAACUUCCUUAAUAAGCAUAUAUUUUGUCCAAGUGUGCAGUUCCACAAAGCAGGAGGUUACUUAAGUACUACUAUUUCCAUGGUCUGAGAGUAGUUCUUUGAAGCUGAAAAAGCGCAGAAACAGAAGUUGGAGCUAAACAAACAUAUGUUAGAAUCUGUUUCUUUCCCACCAGUCCCACCAUCUGUAUUGUUUCGUAAGUAAUGGCUUAUUGACUUUCUCAGCUGGCUGGAUAUCAGUUCAAUAAGUACUGUUCUUGUCAUGCUGGAAAGUAAUAGUCCAAGGGUUUGAUUAUUAUCUUCUGCUGCAAGACAAGAAUGAAGAAUGCAAAUGCCCUAUGGCCACUGUCCCGUGGCCUGAACAAAUGGUCCACCUAGCUCAGGACUCUGUCUUCAGCAAAGGCAGAAUAAUGAACUGUGGCAAGGAGAACUUCAAGGCCUUUUGCUUUCUACUCACCCAGCAUCCUCAGUCAUUGGCUAUGGAUGUAAAAGUGUACAACUCUGCUCAGCCCUUCUAGUAGUCAUUUAACUUGCUGCCCUGGCACUUCUGUUAACAUUUGACUUGUUACUGUAAGCCAGUGCCCAGGUACUACUCAGAACUGGAUUUAUACUGCUCAAGCAGGGUUGUAAUUAUCUAAGUGCAUUAUCAGGUAGUUUUUUGGGGAUAAUGGGCUACCUUUACAACCGCCAAAUAAUAUUUAUGUAGGGUAUUUGAAGAAGCUAAAUUAUUUGAUUAUCAGCUGGAACUGUGUGGGAGUUACAGUGUCGUGGGUUUUGCCAUCUACUAGAAAGGAAGGUCUUGCAUCAUGCCAAAAAUCAUUACAUUUCAAGUUUUGCAUGUUUGAGAAGUUUAAGAUGCAUAUCUUAAUAUCUGUGUGCCUACCUUUUGUUUUCUUGGCAUUGCUAGAUAAUUGGUUUCCAUUUCAGUUAUCAUGAAAGGGCGGUUUUAGAGCACAUAAGAAAAAAAUCAAAUUCCUGCAAGGACAGAGUAAGCUAAAAACAUUUCAAGGAACUAAAGCAGCAAAUAGCACAUUUACCAUGGGGUGCCCUUGAUGGGACUGAUUACCAGGACUCUCUAUUGAAAACCUGAUGUUUAUCUACAGCUGUGCAUAUUAUUACACUACUGAGUACUCCUUCUCAAUGCUGUUUGACCUCCAUGUUUACUGAUAUGUUGAUUUUUAAGUUCUCCUUUAGCUAACAACAAUAGAAAGCAUCCAGCCUUUAAAGAAUAAAGUAAUCUUAGAAACA